GUUCUUCUAAAGUUUUCUUCUUCAGAACAAAAAACAACAGAACUUGGUCCGCUUGUUCUUCAAAGUUCGAUUGAGGCUCUUCUCUGCAACUCAGAUUACAGCAAAGUGAACAAUGGCGAAGCAUCACCCUGAUUUGAUCAUGUGCCGGAAGCAACCAGGGAUUGCCAUCGGGCGGCUCUGUGAGAAGUGUGAUGGUAAGUGUGUGAUAUGUGACUCUUAUGUGCGCCCUUGCACUCUUGUAAGGGUUUGUGAUGAAUGCAACUACGGAUCAUUUCAGGGUCGUUGUGUUAUCUGUGGAGGAGUUGGUAUUUCUGAUGCUUACUAUUGCAAGGAGUGUACACAGCAGGAGAAAGACAGGGAUGGAUGCCCAAAGAUUGUCAAUCUAGGUAGUGCCAAAACAGAUCUCUUUUAUGAACGGAAGAAGUAUGGCUUUAAGAAGAGAUGAUGAAGGAAAUAUGGGUGUUGUAAGUUGAGACAGCGCUGAAUACACUUUGCUUCUGAAAGAAUUGUAUCGGAUAAAGUGGCAUCUGAACCAUAUAUAUGCUCAUUCUUAGUUUGGGUGGGCAAGGAAGAAGAAAAACCUUCAUGUACGAGUAUGACUCUAGCAUUAUUGUAUCUUUUAGAUGAGUGAGGCCUAAUUCAGGCUGUUAGCCUAUUAUCUGAAUUUUUACAUGAGUGAGGCCUAAAUAACAUGCUACUUGCACGGUUGCACAUAGGAUGA